AUGGAUUCACGAAACUACCCGUUCAAGGAAUUCGGCGACGGAGACCACAUCUAUGCUACAGCUUAUUGGACCAAGUCACAAAUUGAUAAUCCUCUCGGCAUAGCUCUUGCCUUCCAUGGUGGUGGUUUUGUCGUCGGCUCCAGAAAAAUGUUACCUAUGGUUCAAAUAGACUAUUUGGCUAACGCUGGAUUUGUUGUUGUUUCCGCCGACUAUCGACUAUGUCCCCAGGUAUCAUUGUACGAAGGACCUAUCCAGGAUGCGAAGGACGUUUAUGCAUGGUGUAAGGGGUCCCUUCCAGCGCUGCUAAAGAAUGAUGCGGGCCUCGACGUGGAUCCUUCCCGAACCAUUGUAUUUGGCCACUCGGCGGGUGGCUGUUUGGCUUUGCACACGGGUGCUCUCUCUGAUCCCCCACGUGCGAUUCUCGAUUUUUAUGGUGUCAAGUGCACGACCGAUCCUUUCUGGUUUGCACCUUUACCGGCUCUGGCGAUGAUCCCUUCACUCGACGAGGCGUUUAUCAACCAGGUUUUCAAGGAACCAGUGUCCUCCAACACAAUGCUUUCAUUGGAACGGGCUUCCAACACCAGCGAACAGCCAAAAGCGAAAGGUUUGCCUCGUCCUGACCUUUCCGUGCCGAGAAAUGCAUGGCUUUUUGUUACUUUGAAAGAGGGCACACAGUUCCCGGCCAUUGUCCAGGAUGGAGAUUACGAGCGUAUCGACCCUGUAAAUUUAUUCUCGGGCAAGUUCCCGCCGACAUUUUUCAUUCACGGCGACGCAGAUGGUAUGAUCAUCCCUAAGUUCAGUAUCGAAGCCAAGGAAAAGCUUGAGAGCUUCGGUGUUGAAACUGGAAUUUUGCUACCCGAGGGGAUGUCUCACGGCUUUGAUGUUGGAGUCGAGCUCAACGAACCGGAAUUUGCUUCUAUUCGUGCAGGUCUUGAUUUCUUGAUCAAACACGCAAAUAUCUAG